AACACAGAACACUAUUAAUUUUUUUGCUUCAUGAACUCAGUUGCCGGCGUUGGCUCAGUGUAUUCUGGCGAGAAGACAUUUGUCUCGCUUUCGAAGAUAGUUCUCCUGCAGUUGAUUCCUGGCCGUACUUCUUCCUGGGGUACGCUCAUUGUCCCUUCAGCUUGAGCAAGUUCAGGACGACGUGAAAGAGAUUUCCUAUCUUCCCAGAUUUGCGAAGCACACCUCGAGUCAGGCACGGGUUCAUGGUGAACCCCUCCGCGUCCACAGCGUGUGACCAAAAGAUGUGGUCAUGCUUCUAGGCCAGUCUCCAGAACUGUCUCGGUCACUGUCGAAGAAGAACGGUGCCCUGAUCUAGUAUCAGCGCACUUCAAUUACAAACCCAUGGCAGGUUUCAGCAGGGCGAUUGGUGCGCAGGUAUCGAUAAGAUGUCAAACGGGAUAUGUAUGGAGCAACGGUCUGGCUAUCACCAUCUCUACGUUCCACAGUGGCGGAGUAUCGCACCCAAGUCCACCAAGAUGUGAAAAAGUCUCUUCUACAAGUCCUGAUACUGACGCAAUGCCUCAAUCAGCAACAUCAGCGAUCCAGAUUGCACAAGAGACAGCGAUGUCAAGCGUGACGGUGCGCUCUGCCUCACCCGCAUAUUCUUCAACGACUGAUGAUUCUGCAGAGGAAGGCGUGCAGUCUGCAACCGUUAUUGGCGUUGGGAUUGCAUUCGGUGUCGUGGUAUUUGCCCUGUCAAUCGUCUUCAUCUUUGCACUGAGGAGGCAUUGCAGGGAACCUUUGGAACCUCUGGAAGCCAAUGUGGCAAGCAGCAGUCCGCCAGCAGCCACUAGUCCACCAGCAGCCAGCAGUUCGCCAGCAGACAACUGUGCAGUGGAUGACACUACGCCGACUCCGGAACGAACGAUCCAAUACUGCCAGGUGGAGUUGUUGCCCCGAUGUGAUGCUUCCCGUGCUUCGGACACACCGACAAGGAGCAGAGUUGAUUACUCCAUGAUACUAGGUGUGCAUGAGGGGAGCACAUGGAUUUGAGAUCCCAACAGCAUUGAUGUGGCCUCGGGCAAGCAUGUCAUAAACUAGACCACGGUUCUUCUCGCUGACGUGCUCACCUGUACAAGACUUCUUCAUCGUAACUGCAAUGUUUACUGGUAUCGCCAUGCUGCCCUGUGUCUGUGCAUCACGACUAUCAGCUUACGCACGCGCACACAAACACACACACAGGAACACACACACGCCUGCCCGCACCCACCCACACACCCUCGAACACACACACACACGCACGCGCACACAUAAACAUGCACGAACACACAUGUGCGCGCACGCGCAUACACUCGCAUGCGGCCACAAACACCCAUCCACGCGCGUGUUACGUGCAAUUCUCCCCACUGUUAAUGUUGCUGUGCAUAAUUGAGCGUCGCAACUUCCGAAGUACCUGUGCAAAUUCUUCGCCAGGGGAUGCUCAAUCGGCACGUAGUUCGACACACACCUGCAUGCCGCUCUCCUACUUUUUGGUAUCAAAUGCAAAAUCCUUAAAAAAUGCCCUUUGCUCGUGUAUUAAAUAUUGGUCAUGCCCGCAUUACACAAUUCAUCAUGAUUAGUCUUAGUUGUCACCCGUCCACUUGCAUGCAUCCCUGGUCACCAACUGCUAGCCAACACCCUUCCUCAGCAAAAGAAAAAUAUAGGACGAAUUAGUGUUGUAUUCUCUCCCUCCGCAAUUGAUCCCGUGUCCUUGUUUUUGUUUUUAGCUCUUUCCGUUUUUCCUUAAGCUUUUCAACUUGCUUCGUACAUGCGCUUACCUCAUCUUGCGCAAACAACUGUAGAGUUGGUAUUGCUCGUUUCUUGGGGCCAAGUUACCUAGUUUAGCAGACUGUAUGCUUUUUUUUUCUUUCAAAAAAUAAAUGACCGUAUUGUAUGCUUCCAUGCCAUGUUUUGUGACCGAUUCUGAGCAGUCCCUAGUUUCGGUUUCCUUGCAGCUCGAGAAGUACAUGUACUCCCUUUUGCUCUUUUCUUAGUGAUGAACUUUGAAUGGAUCUGCUGCGCCUUUCAUAGUACGAGGCAAGUUGCUGUUUGUUCUAUUCUCUGCAUUGCCAAUUUCUUAACCGCUUUAGCACUAGCAAAGGUGCCGGUGCAUUGUUUUUCAAUUUUAUCAUCAGAUUUUCAAAAUUAUAUAUUUUGUGCAUUGCA